AUGAUUAUUGUUCGAUUGCAUCAAGAAAGUGUGUUCACUUUAAUUACAAGAUGUGUGCUGAGCAAUUUGAGAGCGAACCACGUAAGGUUUUUCAUCCUUUCGGUGACCAUAACUAACCUUUCAGAAUAUGACAGGUCAACGGUCAACUUCCAUUUUAAUAACACUCUGUUGACAAGAUUAAAAAAAUUGGCAACCUCUUCUUCUUCUCAACCAACAACCUCUAACAAGAACUUCAAAUGGCUCUCUCAACAAUACAAGCUCAAAGACACCAAAUACGAAACACUAUCGACUUCAAUCAUUUCCAUUUUAGGAACAUCGAAUUAUUUGAACUAUAACGAGAAACAUCACGAGUAUGCAUUGUGUGAAUGGAUGAGUAAACUCUUUCAUGAUGCACUCAAGUAUCAUCGAUUAGACAUUUCUAAAUUGACACUGGCCAAUUUUGAAAAGAUUUUCCAGAAAUUUGAUGAAUCCAAGAAUUCCUACUUUUCGAAUGAAUGCAAAGAAAUUGUAAUGAAAUUAUUGAACGUCGUCAUGCCAAUAUUUAUUGAAAAGAACAAAAUCGUACUCAAAGAAUUGACGUUUUUUAAUAUGAACUUAUCAGGUACAUUCCCUGGAGAGAAUUUACAAAUCUUUCAUGCUUUGGAUCGAUUCAAUUUAUUAGAUCAAAUAGAAGAGUUGGAUUUCAGUGCCAAUCAUUUUGGAAAAGUCGAUGAGUCAUGGCUAAUGAAAUUGUCAAGAAAUGGCACUUCAAAACUCAAAAGAUUCACUUUGAGUGGAAAUUCUCUUUAA